AUGUGGUGGGAGGAAAACGAUGAAGAUCAGAGGGCAAUCUCCAUUACAGUGAUUGCAAAAACCGAGUCCGGAUUCAGCAGAAGAUUACAAGCGCUUUCGAAGGAUACCACGUUCCACGUGAUUAUCGAUGGUCCAUAUGGCGCUCCGAAAAAUAUGGAUCUCUACGAUAGCUUCAUCUUUGUUUCGACUGGUAUUGGAAUCACCUCACAGCUUCCUUACCUCAAGCAACUGAUAGCCAGACAAGAUCAAGGAUUUCGUCUGAGAAGGAUCUGUCUCAUUUGGGAAGUGGAAGAGAAAGGUACUUGUUGA